AUGAACAAAUUCAUAAUUUUUUGUGCAUUAUACUGUGUUGCUCUGGCAGAUAUUCAGUCACCUGCAGGAAGUGAAUGCCAGUGUAGUGAUGGCUCCUCUACUCCAUCUGGGGAGCUGUGUGUUUUCACCAGCUGGUGUGGAGGCAGCAGUGAUGAGAGACAAGGUUCCCCCAGUGAAAACUGUGAUUUUGAAAAUGAUCUCUGCAAAGCUCUUCAAGAAGAGAAUUUACAGCUUGGAUGGAUUAGAAGAAAUGGUCAAUCUAGUGUGGGACCACCAUACUCUGACCACAGUGGGAAUGACACUGCUUAUUUCCUUUCAUUGUCCUCUGAAAUGCGAUCUUCUGCAACUUUAAGGACCAUUGUUUUCCUUCCGACUGACCAAGAACGUGUUUGCCAGAUUACAUUUCAUUAUUGGAUCAGUCAGGGUGGAACAUUGAUGGUGGGACUUCAAAAGCACUCUGAGGAUGCUAUUAAAAACAUCUGGAAAGAUUCAGGAGAACUGCAAAAUCAGUGGAAAGCAAAUACCAUCACAAUCAAUAACACUGGAAAGUUUGAGGUUAUCUUUUGGGCGAUGGUGGAAAUCCAGAGGCAAAAUGAAACUGUUGCGAUUGAUGAUAUUUCUUUCAGUGAAGGAUGUUCUCCAGCAUUUGCACCGCAGACUUCCAGCUUUGAGCUUGGUAUGUGCGAGUGGAAUUUGGAUCAGCCAGCUGAACUUGUUUCUUGGGCACGACUAAAGGCUGGGAACAGGGUUGCCUCUUGUUUUUCUCUGAAAUCUUGCAGCAACAAUACUGAAGGCUGUUUGGUGUGGUUAGAAGCUAAUGACAAUGCAUUAUACAAAAGUGCUUAUCUUAACAGCUCCAUGUGUCAUUGCUCCAGCAAGAAUUGCCAUUUUCAAUUUCAUUACUCCAUGGCAGAUAGCAGCGUUCUCAAGGCAGUACUGUAUACUAAUCAGGAGGAACAUAUCUUGUGGGAAAACAGCAUGACAACUAACAAGGAAUGGGCCAAAGUGGAUAUACAUAUACCAACAAGGAUAGAAAAAUUAAAGCUUACUUUAAAAGGAACAAUACAGAGCGAGGGGGGGUUCGUCUGUCUGAAUAACAUCCAGUUCUUGGAUACCACACCAUCAGAGCCACCAGAUUUCUUCUCCUUAGAAGAAUUCACCUGCACUAAUGGGCAGUCCAUUGAGCCUGGAUCACCCUGUGACUCUCACCCAGACUGCUCUGAUGGCAGCGACGAGGAUCCAGCAGCCUGCUCUAAUUACACUAUAUGUAAUUUUGAGACUGACUUCUGUGGAUGGAAGCCAUUGAACACAGGUGAUGCUGACUGGCACAUAAUGAAAGAAGAAGCUCCAUUGGACAGCAGACUCCGUGACAGAGAUCAUACAACUAAUGCUAGACAUGGAACAUUCAUUUACUUCAAUGGAUCAUGUCAGAUGUACACAAAGAUGGCCAUGUCUCAUCUGGGGAGCCCCUUCCUUGUCAAGCUGUCCCCUGGGCUUUCCUGCUGUCAGGUAAAAUUUUGGUAUCGGCUGUCUCACGGUUCCCAGCUUUCUGUCUUUAAGAGAACUGCCCUGGAUGGAAAUUUGGAAAAACUGUGUGACAUUUCAGGAUUGCCUGAGAUGCAGUGGACAAAGGUGACUAUGCCAAUAGAAAGUGCAGCUGGGGACUUACCUUUUCAGAUUAUUUUCAGAGCUACCAUUCUAACAAUGAAUGCUACUGUUGCUAUUGAUGACAUCAGUAUAACAGAAGAAUGUAGAGUUGUAAAUAAAUCACUACCAGCUGUAUCAGCUGUCAGGCAACAAAGUGACGUUGCUGUGUGUGACUUUGAAAGAGAUAACUGUGGUUGGUUUGAAACCGCAAGCGCAGAUGGAUUUGACUGGGUAAGAAGUUCCAGUAGUGCUCUUGCACCUGAUUUUCAGAAGCAAGCUCCUCUGUGGGAUCACACCUACAACAAGUCUGAAGGUCAUUUUAUGUUCAUUCUGAAAAACAGCAGCAGCAUUUCACAAGUUGCUCAGCUACGAAGCCCAAAAUUCAGUCAAGCUGGAUCAAAUUGCACAAUGUCUUUUUGGUAUUAUAAUUACGGUCAGUCAGUUGGAGCGGCAGAGAUGCAAUUGCUUGUAGAUGGGCUGAAAAAACCUACUGUCCUUUGGAGAGUAUACUACAAUCAUGGAAAUCAAUGGUUGAAGACCUUCAUUCAGCUUGGACGCCUUUCACAUCCCUUCCAGUUUACACUCAAUAAGAUCAGCCUGGGUUUUUAUGAUGGCAUCUCAGCAAUUGAUGAUAUUACAUUUGAAAAUUGUGCUCUUCCACCACCUGCAUCAAGCUGUGAAGGUCCUAAUCAUUUCUGGUGCAGAAGCACAAAAGCGUGUAUUGACAGGUUAUUGGUAUGUGAUCUUGUGGAUGACUGUGGGGAUGGAUCUGAUGAAGACAACUGUAACCCUGACCUACAGUGUAACUUUGAAAAUGGUUUAUGCAAUUGGGAGCAGGACACUAAGGAUGACUUUGACUGGAUCAGAAUACAGGGUCCAACCCCAACGGUUAAUACAGGCCCAUUAAAGGAUCACACGACAGGCACAGGCAGGGGACACUACCUAUACCUGGAGUCCUCUGAGCCACAGGAAUUUGAAGAUAAAGCAGUUUUGCUUAGUCCUCUCUUCAACCCUUCUGGCAACGGAACCUGCAUUUUCCGCUUUCAUUAUCAUAUGCUUGGAAAGCAAGUUUACUUGCUGUCAGUCUUCCAGAGAACUGUGAGUAAUACCAAGGGAUGGCUGCUGUGGUACAAGUUUGGAAAUCAAGGAGACAGAUGGAUAAGACAGACACUGUACAUCAGCAGCUCUAAGCCAUUUCAGAUCUUGGUGAAAGGUACAGUAGGAGAUGGCUUCACUGGAGACAUUGGACUCGAUGACAUGUCCUUUCUAGGCUGUACUCUUUACAAUGGAAACUUGCCAACAAUAUCUACAACUCUAUCAGGAACUUCAGUUCCUGCCACGCUCCCCAUGAACAACUGCACAGAGAAUGAGUUUGUCUGCAGAGCCUCUGGACAUUGCAUCCAGAUGAUCCAGAGGUGUGAUUUUAGACCUGACUGCUCUGAUAAGUCUGAUGAAUCAGAUUGUGCCAUGGAAGUCUGCAAUUUUGAGGAUCGUACCCUGUGCGGAUGGUAUCAACCAGCCUUGGAACAAAAUUCAAGAACUGAUUCCAUCCACGACACAAAUAUAUUUAAGUGGGAACUUGGAAGCGGAGCAAAUCUAUAUCCUGGGGAAGAAGAACACUGCCCAUCAACUGAUCAUACUACGUAUACUGUAGAAGGCUGGUAUUUGUUUGCAGACAGCUCGAAUGGAGAAUUUGGUCACACUGCUGACAUCGCUACCCCAGUCAUCUCCCUUACGGGGCCCAAGUGCAAAAUUGUGUUCUGGAACCAUAUGAAUGGUUCAACAGUAGGUUCUCUGGAGGUACUCUGUAAAACUGGUAACAAGACUUCUAAACUAUGGACUCAAAGUGGCAGCCAAGGUCCACAAUGGAACAGAGCAGAAGUGUUCUUGGGAAUUCGUUCAAAUUUUCAGAUUCUUUUCAGGGCGAAACGUGGUGUCAGUUACAUGGGAGAUGUGGCAGUGGAUGAUAUUACUUUUGAAGAUUGUUCCCCUUUGCUCAUCCCUGACAGACCUUGCACAUUACAGGAAUUCACAUGUGCCAACAAGUACUGCAUCCCAAAGGAUAAUCUUUGUGAUUUUGUAAAUGAUUGUGCAGAUAACUCAGAUGAGAGCCCUGCAAUUUGUAGUACCUCUAUUGGGCAUUGUGAUUUUGAGUUUGAUAUUUGUGGAUGGAAGCAAGAUGAAAAUGAUGAUUUUGACUGGAGCCUCAGAACGAGCAGUGCUACAAAAUUGGGCACUGGACCAGCUGCUGAUCAUACAUUGCAAGAGCCAUCUGGUCAUUAUAUUUUUAUAAAGAGUUCAUUUCUUCAGCUGCCAGGACAGAAAGCCAGGAUUGUUAGCCCUGUGCUAAGCAGAAGGAAUAAAAACUGCAAGAUACUUUUCUAUUACCAUAUGUAUGGAGCUCACAUUGGAUCAUUGAUUGUCUACCAGAGGACUAUGUCAAAACAUGAAAGAAUCCUCCUUAGUCUUACUGGAAACCAGGGAAAUUUCUGGCAGAGCCAGGCACUGAACCUGAUUGGAGAUGGAGAGGAAGAUUUCCAAGUCAUCUUUGAAGGGAUAGCUGGAAAAGGUCCCAAAGAUGGUGUAGCACUUGAUGACAUCACGUUAUCUAAGGAGUGUUUACCAUUCCAGGAGUUUUUACCAGCAGAACCCACAACACUGCCUCCAACAGGCUCCUGCUCACAUGGCUAUUGGCAAUGUCAGAACGGCAAGUGUUACAGACCAGAACAAAGCUGCGAUUUUGAAGACAACUGCGGGGAUAAUACAGAUGAGAGUGAAUGCGGCACUUCCUGCACCUUUGAGAACAGCAGAUGUGGCUGGCAAAAUUCCCUGGCAGACAAUUUUGACUGGGUGCUGGGGGUCGGCUCACCUCAAAGUCUAAGACCUCCCAGGGACCACACACUUGGAAAUAGAACUGGAAAAUUCCUGUAUCUUGAGGGCACUGCAAUAGGGCUAAAAGAUGAAAAAGCCCAUGUGAAGAGUUCCAGAUUGAAAGAGUCAAGCGGGAGAUGUGUGAUGAGCUUCUGGUACUUUAAGUCAUCAAAAGCCGCAGGAUGUAUUCAGGUUCUGAUUAAGACUGAUGUUGGAACCGUGAAAAUAUGGAGUGAAUCAGGAAAUCAUGGUGAUGAAUGGAACAAAGUUGAGUUACACUUGGGGAAGCUGAGAAAUUUUGAAGUUAUCUUUGAAGGCAUUCGUACCAGAGACCUAGGAGGAGGAGCAGCAAUAGAUGACAUAGAGUUCAACAACUGUACCACAGCUGGAGAGGAUCCCAAGGAAUGCCCUGCCCUCACCGAUUUUUUGUGUUGGAAUAAGGAUUGCAUAGAAUCUCAUUUUGUCUGUGACUAUAAACCAGACUGUGAAGACCUAUCGGAUGAAGCUGACUGCAGUUACUACACAAGUAUUCCUGGAAGCUGUAACUUUGAAACACAAGAUCAAGAAUGGACCAGUGUAUGUGGAUUAAUACAAGACUCUACGGAUGAUUUUGACUGGAAUGUUAGCAAAGGUGGUGUCUCUGGACAAACGGGUCCUGAUACUGACCAUACACCAGGUAAAGGACAACAUUUUUUGUAUGUAAACUCAUCUAACCAGAAGGAAGGAAAUAGAGCGAAGAUAAUUACUACCAAAUUCUUCCCAGCCAGCCUUGGAGUCUGCAGAGUUCGGUUCUGGUUCUGGAUGUUUGCUUCUAGGCAAACAGGAGUCUUAAAGGUAUACGUAGUUGAAGAACAUGGAAUGGAUAUUCUUAUGUGGUCUUCUAGUAGAAAUAAAGAAAACAAAUGGAUGUAUGCAAACGUGGUCCUCUCCAGUAACAGCCCUUUCAGAGUUGCUUUUGAAGCUGAAGUGGGGCAAAGUGAACCCACAGAAUUCGCUCUUGAUGAUAUUUCUUUCACCCCAGAGUGUAUGGAUGGAGGACCAGCUGAACCACGGCCUCCAGCUUGCAGCAGUGAACAGUUCACAUGUGCAUAUGUGCAGCAGUGUUUGUCCCUUGAUGCAAAAUGUAAUGGUGUUCAAGACUGUGUGGAUGGAAGUGAUGAAAUGAACUGUCCCACAAGGACCCCUUCCAGUGUAUCUCCGAACUCCUGCAAAAAAAUGGAGUUCCUGUGUCCUUCCAAAGGCUGCAUCCCAGCCCUCCUGAUAUGCGAUGGUGUGCCUGAUUGCCCCCUUAAUGAAGAUGAAGUUGGCUGCUCUCUUACAGGUUGUUUCAAUGGUUCUUUGUUAUGCGCGUCAACUAAUCGAUGCAUAGCAGUCUCCCAGCGUUGUGAUGGCAUUGCAGACUGCAUUGAUUUCAGUCUUGAUGAGUCCAGCUGUUCAGUUUGUCCUGAAGAAUACUGCAAAAAUGGAGGAACCUGCAUCAUCAAAGACGAUAUUCCUUUAUGCCAAUGUGGAAAAGAAUGGAAAGGAAACCGUUGUCACAUACGUGCUAAGCCUCUUCAACCUCCAAUUUCAAGUCUCCUUCGAAAAGAUAUUUGGAUUGGGUUGGGUAUCGGUUUCUUGCUGAUUAAAAUUGCAGCUGCUGCCUUGUGUUUCCUAUGGAAGAAGAAAGAGCCUGAAAUGAAACUAGAAGAAACGACUAAUACUUCAUUUGCCAACCCAUUGUAUGAAGACCUUGAUUCACCUGGGAAAGUAAAGUCUCCUGGGUACACCAUCUCACCCACUGUUCAAAUCAGUGUUUCUCCAUGGCAUGAGUAUCCAUUUAAUGAAGGUGUGAAUGCUACCUCUUUUCUAAAUCCUCUCUAUGGUGAGACAAUGGAAGACGUGGAGAAAUUAUGCAGUUCCUUGAAAAUAGACAAAAAAGAGGAUUAAUAUUGCUUGUGACUCUUUGCCUGAAGAUUUGUUCUAAAAUCUGAAAGUAUGUUAUGAUACUGCAGCAUUUGCAAUAUGAUGAAUAACUCUCUACAUAAAAACUCUUUUAUUGGUAUAAUUAUAUUCAGAAUGUAACAUUACAUUAAAAUGGAAUCUAUAAAUAUAUAUAUAAAUAUAUAUAAAUUCAUAUAUACGUAUGUAGUCUUCUUUCAUAUUUCUGUUGAUGCAGAAAGGGAUUGGUAACUAUAACUGCAAAUUCAUUUUGCAUUUGGGCAAUUCAAAUUCCAGUAUGUUAAUAAAAUGUUUAAUCCAGUCCAGAUUCCUGAGGUCUGAGAAUCACAAUUUUGUCCCUAUUAUUUGAGAAAUGAUAACAAAUAUUUCUGUAAUUUUACAUUAGAAAGGGAUUUUAAAUGGCUGUUUUAGUGUUCCAAGGGGCAGAAGAAAAAGGGAAGUAUUUUUAUAAUUAGAAGCAUAUCAAGCUAAUCAAAAAUGGUCGUAAAUCAUGGAUAUGAAUAUCAGCUCAGUAUGUGAUUCAGCAAUGUGACACACUGGUAUGUACAUUUAUUUUAAAUAUGUAUAUUUAUUAUUAACCUUGAAAGCCAUAUCUGACCAAAUUCCCUCUGGUCAGCUCUACAGUGGUUACCACAGUGCUACUGAUGUAUUUAGCUUAGUGAUUUACAGAGAAAUGUCUUUUCUAGAGAAACUAGAAUAUGUCAUCUUCUAUAAUGCCCACUUGAAUUAUCUAGUGGUCGUUUUCAACUUGAAGGUUUAAGUAUUCCUGAUGUGCUUAAGUUUUCCUCCCUUACUGUAUUUUCACUUAAUAUAAAACCCCUUGGCAAGUUUCAUAGACAAAAUACUCUUUCAGAUUUAUUACAAUAAACAUAUGGAUAGCAGAUAGUAUGUGUGUUAAUUUAGGGAAAUCUGAAAUGCUUGACAUUAUUAGCCUUUCAAGUCUCCACACAGAAAAGUGCAUGGAAGCCUGGCUUCAUUCCACCAUGCAUGAGACUGCUUAGUUUUGGGUGGUGGUUUUGGUUUUUGGUCUGUUUGUUUUUCUUUUACUUUCU